UGACUGGAACGGCGCUUUGGUACUUGGAGGAGGAACAGAACCGCGACAAGGACAACCAGUGCCGCAGAAGGAUAAUGUGCAAAAUUUCGCAACUGUUAUGUAACAAGUUAAAUUGCGCGGUAAUUGCGGCCAGAUUGGUUCAACCUUUGAUAAUAAUUUCCGCAUUAUCAGCCAAUUGCCUCUUUCGCGGAAAUGCGAUGCAAACUUGGAAUGUUGCUUGCCACGGUCUAAGUCAAGUCUUCAGCAGUGCGUGUGCGCGUCUGCUGUUCUAGUGUUGGAAAAAGAUAAAGACAGCAGCUGUUUAAGGAAGUCGAUUCUUCAUUAUACUCCACCACAUCUAAAACCCCGAGCCAAACUUGCACUGGUAUGCUCGGAAUCAACGUCAAUCCUGGCGGUUGGCUGUUACUGACUUUCCCGGGCGUGGAGAGAAGGAAAUUGCUAAAUGCCUGACUGAUUUUUGCCAGCGUACAGUUCGAAUACAGGAUGGCAGAUGAAUUACAAGUGGGAAGUGCCAGCAAAUUGGAGGUGUUAACAUUACCAGAAAACUCACCUGUUGAGAAAGAAAGUGAUAAUGUGUAUGAUGAAACAAAUGAAGCGGAGGACUUGUCAAACUAUUUGAAAUCUCUGAACGAGGGACAGGCACAAUCCAGAAAGUUAUGUGGAUACCUCAACAAGCUGGGAGGCAAAGGACCACUCAAAGGCUGCAAGACCCGUUGGUUUGUGUAUGAGCCAAGGAAAUGCCUUCUGUAUUAUUUCCGAACUGCCCAUGAUAGCACUCCAUUAGGCAGCAUGGAUUUAUCAAAUGCCGCCUUCAAUUUUUGUCUGGAAGCUGAGGAAGGAACCUUUGAAAUCAAAACUCCAGAGAAGGAUUAUACUCUGAAGGCAAAAAAUAAAGAAGUCAUGAUGUACUGGUUGCAACAUUUGCAGCAGAAACGCUGGGAACACAACAAGCAGAAUCACCUCUUUGAAGCUGAUCUCCCCACUUCAGAACAGUCUUCUGACUCUCCACCACCAUUCAAUAUAGUAGAGGAAAUAAGUGAUUUCUUGGAUCCGGUGAAGACACCUACAGGCCUGGUUGGGGAAGAAGCGGCUUUACUGCCUGCCCCAUUGCAGCCAACCACUUUGUCCAACAUCUCGCUCAAGCACCUGGGAACUGAAAUCCAAAAUUUUGGGUCAAAAACUGUGUUUCAGUUCUAUGGGAACAGGCCGUUAAGGGAAAAUCGAACAAGCAGUGAGGAAAUCAACCAGGCAACAAGUGAAAAGAGUGAAAGUCCAUCACCACCCAAAGGAGCAGAUACAUCAGUAAAAGAGUGUUACCUGGAAGAGCAGAAGCCUCCAUCCCAGAAGUCUUCCACAGCCAACUUGAGGAACAUGGCCAGUCUUCCUAACACUACCCCAGUGUUUCAGGAGAGAUUUGCAGUGAAGGAUGGGAUUUUUUCAGACAAGGACACCAGUUUACACAACAACAUCUUCAACCUCACAAGAGAGCUCAAUGCACAGAGGGACCUGGUGAAGCUUCUGCACAGAGCUCUUGAAGCAGCACAACAGGAGAAGAGGGCUUGUAGCUCGUACCUCACAGCAGAUGAAUCCACCCGUCUGGAGCUGGUGAGGCACAAGGUGCGGCAGAUCAGGGAGCUCGAGAAUCGGGUGCACUCGCUGGAGAAGGAGAAGGAGGAGAUGGAACAGAGCUUGAAGCUCCAGCAAAGCCACACUGAGGAGCUGAAGCAGCAUACCCAACUGCUGAUGGAGAAGAACCAAGCCAAACAAGAAGUCAUCCUAAAGCUCUCCGAGCAGUUGGCGGCCGAGAACACCGAUGAGCCAGAGAAUUAUGAUGAGGUCAUCACUGCAACUCUGAAUGAGCUCAGGGAGAAAGUUUCACAUUUGAAGGAUGUUCAAGAAGGCUACAAAAUGCAAAACAAAUUCUUAAACUCUGAGAUCUAUCAGAUCACUAAGCUGUGGCAGAAAACCAGGGAUCACGAGAAGACGCUAAUCAUGAAGUGUGCAUAUUUAGAGUCCAAGUACUGCCAGAUUGAGAGUAAAUACCUAGUAUUGCUUCACAAGCUCCAAGACACCUGUGGCCAAGAUGACACCUGUCAAGAAAUAGUAAAGCAGUUUGUUGCUGAGCAACUGAAAUGGGAGACUAAGGACAAAACCAGUCUUGGAGUUGGCAGACUUUGCAGUGAGCAUGAUGAUUAUGGAUUCAAGUUGGUAUCUUCUCCAGUGCAGGAGAACAGCAUCUUAACCAGAAUCCAAGCUCUUGAACGAAAAUCUAACAACCUGAUGGUCAGUCAGGAAGGCCAGGAGAAAACCAUCCAGGUGAAAUGGGACAAUCUCCUCUCUGGCAAGACCUUUGGAGAACUGGUGCCUUCACCAGAGUUAAAGAACCUGAUCAGAAAUGGCAUUCCCAAGGAGCAUCGAAGGCACGUUUGGAGGUGGUGCACCAGUAGACGGGUUCGGCAAAUAAGGGAACGAUACAGUAGCAACCAUUACCAGGAGCUGUUGAAGCUUUGCAAGAACAAACAGCAGGCAGCUUCCAAGCAGAUUGAGCUGGACCUCCCACGGACACUGACCAAUAACACACAUUUCAGCUCGCCCACUUCCAAGAUGGUUCAGAAGCUGCGUCGGGUGCUGCUGGCGUACUCGUGGCAAAACCCGGAUAUUGGGUACUGUCAAGGACUGAACAGACUGGCUGCAAUUGCAUUGCUGGUGCUGCAGGAGGAAGAAGAUGCCUUUUGGUGCCUGGUGGCUAUUAUUGACUGCAUCAUGCCAGAAGAUUACUACAGCAAAACUCUCACAGGCUCCCAGGUUGACCAGAGAGUGUUUAAGGAUCUGUUGUCAGAGAAGAUGCCUAGGCUUGUGUCCCACUUAGAUCAGUACAAUGUGGAUCUUUCAUAUAUCACUUUCAACUGGUUCCUCGUGGUCUUUGUGGACAGCCUGCUGAGUGACAUCCUUCUCCGGGUCUGGGAUGCAUUCCUCUAUGAGGGAACAAAGGUUAUAUUCCGGUAUGCGCUGGCGAUUUUUAGAUAUCACGAGGAAGAAAUUCUCAAACUUCAUGACCACCUUACAAUUUACAAUUACCUGCAAUGCCUGUCCAAAAGCAUUUCUGAGGGAAAGAAACUGAUGAACAUUGCUUUUGUUGAAAUGAACCCGUUCCCCAUGAGGCUGCUUCGGAAUCGACGGACUGCACAUCUGGAGAAGCUCAAAGCUGAGCUGAGGGAGCUGGAGAAGAUACGGGCAGAAUAUGUGAAAGAAAGAGAAGAACAUAAAGACCUGAUUGUUGUUAGUGAGGACGAGGAGGAAACAUAAAGGGCGUGUUCUGCAAUCUAAGUCUCUGAACUUUCUAUAAAGGAGAUUGGAAAACCGGACAAUGUCCUCAAGGAGUUGCUGCACCUGGGAUGUCCAGUGAUGAAAAUUGCCUUCUGCAAGAUACACUUCCUUAAUUGACAAGUGUUGAAUUUCAAAUGUUUACCUGUUCUGUGCGGAUCAUAAGAUUUAAGAGCAGAAUUAGGCCACUCAGCUCAUCAAAUCUGCUGUAUCAGUCCAUCAUGGCUGAUUUAUAAUCCCUCUCAACUUGUGCUAUAUUAUAUGCCUUCUCUUUUGCUUUUAUGCUGACUUUGACUUCCCUUUCAGCAACGGUUGCUUUGUCCUCCCUUUAGAAAUCUUCAUGGUCAUAUAUUUGCUGGCCGGAUAAAGUAUAGACAUGGGGUAAAACUUGUUGGCCCAACAAAAGUGGCAUUUUCAAGCUGCAAAUGUCUCCAGGACACUGAGGAUAUGUUUACUCUUCUCACACCAAAACAUCCUAUGAUAAGACAGAUGAUUCUAUCCCAAUGUAUUACAUACAGCUUUGUCCUGUUUUUUAGUUUGGGAUACUUCCUUAUUUCAUUAAUCUGAUGGAGGGAGAUCCAAACAAUGAUAGGACGGUGAACUGGGCAGCUGAUUCCACAGGAACAUGCAUACUUUGGUGGCUGAUUUUUAGCUCAGCAGGUGGGUUUACACACACUGAUAUUGGUAGGCAUAAUUGUUUGGACAUUAGCUAUGUAGGAGGGUAUGUGUGUAAACAGCUCCCUUUUUCUCUAGUGGAGAAGAUAUAUAAUCUCAAAGAUGUUGAGAUGUUGAGGAUGCAGUGUCUCUGCAAGAGAGAGAACAAUUUUUUAAUAUGCCAUGAAUGUUUAACUGCUCAUCUCAUGUACAUUUCCCAAAUGUUUUCUUUGGGGAAAUAUCUUGAAGUCUAUGUAUUUUCUUCUCCUUGGGUGUCUGUGAAACUGGGAGGAUUUGGAUACAGCAAGUUCAUCAAAUUUGUCCCAACUCUAAACAUGGCCCAUGAACAUCAUUAUGUAAAACCUGUGUCUUCUGCAGAAAUAAAGAUAAUCUGUUUGUUCCUGGUGUUAUGAAUGUGCCACAACUCUGAGGGGUUAUAGUAGCCCCCUCCUUUGUGAGAAUCGCAAGAUCGCUAUUAAUUCGGGUCUGGGACCCAGGAAAUGAGAGAGAGACACGCAGGAUCCACAAGGGUUUGGAAUGUGGGUCCUGGCCUCAGCGAUACAAAGCCACGGAUAACGGCCAUUGUCUCUUGGAGACGGACUUGUGUACUAUUCAUUGAAGCCCUCAGGGAAUGACCAGAGUGGGCUGGUUGAGGGAUUGCAUCAUCCCAACCUGAUUGACAUCUGAGACCCCAUGAGUAAGGAUAAAAGAGGGUCUGGGGAACAACCCCUUCAGACGCACCAGGAGAAACGCUAGAAAUCCAGUGACAGCGUUUAAUAGCGACAGUCGGUGGAGGGUUCGUGUGCGUCCUUUUCCCUUGCCUGGGGAUUGGGGCCUUACCACGGAAGAACGGCUUAGCAAAAGGAGUGGCCACACGUGACCAGCUACACCAAGGGAACUCUCGAAGGAUCAACAUCAUAAAAAGGAAAAGCUGGCAAGUUUCUAAAAAUCUCUCUCUUGACUCCAAUCAAAGACUGCAGCCUGAAUGAACUGAGUGACUUUUAUAUUUCCAUCGGACAAUACAUUAUCCCCUAGACAACGAUAGAGCUUAUUUCCUACUGAUUAUUAUUAUACCCACACUUUUAGAUUUAGUAUUGACGACGUAUAUUAUCUGUAUGUUUGCAUUGAUAUUAUUUUUGUGUAUUUUUACCAAUAAAUACUAUUAAAAAUAGUACCAUCAGACUUCAAUGGACCUCUCUAUCUUUGCUGGUAAGUGACCCAGUUACGGGGUUCGUAACACUGGAAGCUGGCUUUCCUCAGUGACUGAGAGGCAGGAGAUGAUUUUGUGUCAUUAAAACUGUCAGCAAAACCCUUACAGUGAGAGACAAGACAAAGGUUUCCACUUUCAAAAUAUACCUAAAAGUCUCUUUUGUGGUGGAUUUUCAUUGUAAAGCAUCACCUUCAGCAAAACCAUUGUUGGGUUAAUUCAUAAGCUAGGGAGAACAGAGGAGGCCAUUCAGCCCCUAUUUGUCUACUUUCUCAAUUACUGAAGUCAUGUUUAAUCUGUGACCAAAUUCCAUGUAGCCAGUCCUUCCCAAUACACAUUACACUAAGAAAAAUAUGUUAUAGAGUCACAGUCAUGUAUCACUACAGCCACAGUACGGUCCAUUUAGUCUAUGCUGAACUAUUAUUUUGCCUAGUCCCAUCCAUCUGCGACAUAGCCAUCCAUUGCCCUCCCAUACAGUAUCUAUCCAAAUUUCUCUUUAACGUUGCACCCUAAUGCACAUCGACCACUUAUGCUGGCAGCUUGUUCCCCAUGUGCAUCACCCUCUGAACAAGUAAGUUUUUCCCUCUCAGGGAAUACCUCACUUUUAAUCUUUAACCUGUGACCUUUAGUUCUUGACUCGCCCAACCUCAGUGGAAUAAAGGCUGCUUGCAUUUACCCUAUCUAUAUCCUUCUUA